AUGGCAAACUCGACGGGGAAGGCGCCUCCGGACGAGCGGAGAAAGGGACUCGCUUUCCUGGACGAGCUGCGGCAGUUCCACCACAGCAGAGGGUCGCCUUUUAAAAAAAUCCCUGCGGUGGGUGGGAAGGAGCUGGAUCUUCACGGUCUCUACACCAGAAUCACUACUUUAGGCGGAUUCGCGAAGGUUUCUGAGAAGAAUCAGUGGGGAGAAAUUGUGGAAGAGUUCAACUUUCCCAGAAGUUGUUCUAACGCUGCCUUUGCUUUAAAACAGUAUUACUUGCGUUACCUAGAAAAGUACGAAAAAGUUCAUCACUUUGGGGAGGAUGACGAUGAGGUGCCACCAGGCAACCCCAAACCGCAGCUCCCUAUUGGUGCAAUCCCAUCUUCCUACAACUACCAGCAGCACAGCGUGUCAGAUUAUCUCCGUCAAAGUUAUGGGCUAUCUAUGGACUUCAAUUCGCCAAAUGAUUAUAAUAAACUGGUGCUUUCACUAUUAUCUGGACUCCCAAAUGAAGUGGACUUUGCUAUUAAUGUAUGCACUCUCCUGUCAAAUGAAAGCAAACAUGUCAUGCAACUUGAAAAAGACCCUAAAAUCAUCACAUUAUUACUUGCUAAUGCCGGGGUGUUUGAUGACACUUUAGGAUCCUUUUCUACUGUAUUUGGAGAAGAAUGGAAGGAGAAGACUGAUAGAGAUUUUGUUAAGUUUUGGAAAGACAUUGUUGAUGAUAAUGAAGUACGUGACCUCAUAUCUGACAGAAACAAGUCUCAUGAAGGUACAUCAGGAGAAUGGAUUUGGGAAUCUUUAUUUCAUCCACCUCGAAAGCUGGGCAUUAAUGAUAUUGAAGGACAACGGGUACUUCAGAUUGCAGUGAUUUUGAGAAAUCUUUCCUUUGAGGAGGGCAAUGUUAAGCUCUUGGCAGCUAAUCGUACCUGUCUCCGUUUCCUAUUACUUUCUGCACAUAGUCAUUUUAUAUCUCUAAGGCAGUUAGGCCUUGACACAUUAGGAAAUAUUGCAGCUGAGCUUUUAUUGGAUCCUGUUGAUUUCAAAACUACUCACCUGAUGUUUCAUACUGUUACAAAAUGCCUAAUGUCAAGGGAUAGAUUUUUAAAGAUGAGGGGCAUGGAAAUUUUGGGAAAUCUUUGCAAAGCAGAAGAUAAUGGUGUUUUGAUUUGUGAAUAUGUUGAUCAGGACUCAUACAGAGAGAUCAUUUGUCAUCUCACUUUACCUGAUGUGCUGCUCGUAAUCUCAACACUUGAGGUGCUAUAUAUGCUCACAGAAAUGGGAGAUGUAGCUUGCACAAAAAUUGCAAAAGUAGAAAAGAGCAUAGACAUGUUAGUGUGUCUGGUUUCUAUGGAUAUUCAGAUGUUUGGCCCAGAUGCACUGGCUGCAGUAAAACUCGUCGAACAUCCAAGUUCCAGUCAUCAAGUUUUAUCUGAAAUUAGACCACAAGCUAUAGAGCAAGUCCAAACGCAGACCCAUGUAGCAUCUGCCCCAGCUUCCAGAGCAGUUGUAGCGCAGCAUGUUGCUCCACCUCCAGGAAUAGUGGAAAUAGAUAGUGAGAAGUUUGCUUGUCAGUGGCUAAAUGCUCAUUUUGAAGUAAAUCCAGAUUGUUCUGUCUCUCGAGCAGAAAUGUAUUCUGAGUACCUAUCAACUUGCAGUAAAUUGGCUCGUGGUGGAAUCCUAACAUCAACUGGAUUUUAUAAAUGUCUUAGAACAGUCUUUCCAAAUCAUACAGUGAAGAGAGUGGAGGAUUCCAGUAACAGUGGGCAGGCGCAUAUUCAUGUAGUAGGAGUAAAACGUAGGGCUAUCCCACUUCCCAUUCAGAUGUACUAUCAGCAGCAACCUGUUUCUACUCCCGUUGUUCGUGUUGAUUCUGUACCUGAUGUAUCUCCAAGUCCUUCACCUGCAGGAAUCCCUCAUGGACCACAAACUGUAGGAAACCAUUUUCAGAGGACUCCUGUUACCAACCAGUCUUCAAGUUUGACUGCAACACAAAUGUCUUUUCCAGUACAAGGUGUUCAUACUGUGGCACAGACUGUUUCAAGAAUUCCACCAAACCCUUCGGUUCAUACCCACCAGCAGCAAAAUGCUCCGGUGACUGUCAUUCAAAAUAAAGCUCCAAUUCCUUGUGAAGUCGUUAAGGCCACAGUAAUCCAGAACUCUAUACCCCAGACAGCGGUUCCUGUUAGUAUUGCUGUGGGAGGAGGAGCUGCACAGAGUUCUGUGGUUCAGAAUCAUAGUUCAGGGCCACAGCCUGUUACAGUUGUCAAUUCCCAGACACUGCUUCACCAUCCGUCAGUAAUUCCACAGCAGUCUCCAUUACACACAGUGGUACCGGGGCAGAUACCUUCUGGCACUCCUGUUACAGUGAUUCAGCAAGCUGUCCCACAGAGUCAUAUAUUUGGCAGAGUUCAGAACAUACCAGCAUGUACUUCUACAGUUUCACAGGGUCAACAGUUAAUCACCACGUCACCCCAACCUGUACAAACUUCAUCUCAGCAGACAUCAGCUGGCAGCCAGCCACAGGACGCUGUUAUCAUAGCACCCCCACAGUAUGUAACGACUUCUACAUCCAACAUUGUCUCAGCAACUUCAGUGCAGAAUUUUCAGGUAGCUACAGGGCAGAUGGUUACCAUUGCUGGUGUCCCAGGUCCACAGCCCUCAAGGGUAGGGUUUCAGAACAUCGCACCAAAACCUCUCCCUUCUCAGCAAGUUUCAUCAACAGUGGUACAACAGCCUAUUCAACAGCCGCAGCAGCCAGCCCAACAAAGUGUAGUGAUUGUAAGCCAGCCAGCUCAACAAGGUCAAACUUAUGCACCAGCCAUUCACCAAAUUGUUCUUGCUAAUCCAGCAGCUCUUCCAGCUGGCCAGGCAGUUCAGCUAACGGGACAACCAAACAUUACUCCAUCUUCCUCACCAUCACCUGUCCCAGCUGCUACUAACCAGGUCCCUACUGCCAUGUCAUCUUCUUCCACCCCUCAGCCACAGGGACCACCUCCUACUGUCAGUCAGAUGCUGUCUGUGAAAAGGCAGCAACAGCAGCAGCAUUCACCAGCACCUCCACAACAGGUACAAGUACAAGUUCAGCAGCCACAACAAGUACAGAUGCAAGUUCAGCCACAGCAAACGAAUGCAGGAGUUGGUCAGCCUGCUUCUGGUGAGUCGAGUCUGAUAAAACAGUUGCUGCUUCCAAAGCGUGGUCCUUCAACUCCUGGUGGUAAGCUUAUUCUCCCAGCGCCACAGAUUCCUCCCCCCAAUAAUGCAAGAGCUCCUAGUCCUCAGGUGGUGUACCAGGUGGCCAAUAACCAAGCAGCAGGUUUUGGAGUGCAAGGGCAAACUCCAGCUCAGCAGCUGUUGGUUGGGCAGCAAAAUGUUCAGUUGGUCCAAAGUGCAAUGCCACCCACCGGGGGAGUGCAAACCGUGCCCAUCUCGAACUUACAAAUAUUGCCAGGUCCACUGAUCUCAAAUAGCCCAGCAACCAUUUUCCAAGGGACUUCUGGCAACCAGGUAACCAUAACAGUUGUGCCAAAUACAAGUUUUGCAACUGCAACUGUGAGUCAGGGAAAUACAACUCAGCUCAUUGCUCCAGCAGGAAUUACCAUGAGCGGGACCCAGGCAGGAGUUGGACUUCAGGUGCAAACGCUUCCAGCCACUCAAGCAUCUCCAGCUGGACAAUCAUCUUGUACUACUGCUACUCCCCCAUUCAAAGGUGAUAAAAUAAUUUGCCAAAAGGAGGAGGAAGCAAAAGAAGCAACAGGUUUACAUGUUCAUGAACGUAAAAUUGAAGUCAUGGAGAACCCGUCCUGCAGACGAGGAACCACAAACACCAGCAAUGGGGAUACAAAGGAAAAUGAAAUGCAGGUGGGAAGUCUUUUAAAUGGGCGAAAAUACAGUGACUCAAGUCUACCUCCUUCAAACUCAGGGAAAAUUCAAAGUGAGGCUAAUCAGUGCUCACUGAUCAGUAAUGGGCCAUCAUUAGAAUUGGGCGAGAAUGGAGCAUCUGGAAAACAGAACUCAGAGCAAAUGGACGUGCAGGAUCUUAAAAGUGAUUUGAGAAAACCUCUAGUUAAUGGAAUCUGUGAUUUUGAUAAAGGAGAUGGUUCUCAUUUAAGCAAAAACAUUCCAAAUCACAAAACUUCCAAUCAUGUAGGAAAUGGUGAGAUAUCUCCAAUGGAACCACAAGGGACUUUAGAUGCCACUCAGCAAGAUACUGCCAAAGGUGAUCAACUAGAAAGAACUUCUAAUGGACCUAUAUUAACUUUGGGUGUUUCACCAUCUGGGAGCAGUAUACAGGAGGCCUCAAAUGUGGCAACACAGCAGUUUAGUGGUACUGAUUUGCCUAAUGGACCUCUAGCUUCAAGUUUGAAUUCAGAUGUGCCUCAGCAACGCCCAAGUGUAGUUGUCUCACCACAUUCUGCAACCUCUGUUAUACAGGGGCAUCAAAUCAUAGCCGUUCCCCACUCAGGAUCAAGAGUAUCCCAUCCUCCUGCCCUGCUGUCUGACGUCCGGUCUACAAAUGGCACAGCAGAAUGCAAAACUGUAAAGAGGCCCGCAGAGGAUAAUGAUAGGGAAACAGUCACAGGAAUUCCAAAUAAAGUGGGAGUUAGAAUUGUUACAAUCAGUGACCCCAACAAUGCUGGCUGCAGCGCAACGAUGGUUGCGGUGCCAGCAGGAGCAGAUCCAAGCACUGUAGCUAAAGUAGCAAUAGAAAGUGCUGCUCAGCAGAAGCAGCAGCAUCCGCCAACGUACGUACAGAAUGUGGUCCCGCAGAGCACUCCAGUGACACCUUCACCAGCUGUUCAAGUCCAGAGCCAGCCUAACAGCUCUCAGCCUUCUGCGCUCACUGCGUCCACUCAGCAUGGAGAGCCAGUGAGGAAACCUGGGCACAACUUCAUGUGUCUGUGGCAGUCUUGUAAAAAGUGGUUUCAGACCCCCUCACAGGUUUUCUACCAUGCAGCAACUGAACAUGGAGGAAAGGACGUGUAUCCAGGGCAGUGUCUUUGGGAAGGUUGUGAGCCUUUUCAACGGCAGAGGUUCUCUUUCAUCACUCACUUACAGGACAAGCACUGUUCAAAGGAUGCCCUGCUUGCAGGAUUAAAACAAGAUGAACCAGGACAAGCAGGAAGUCAAAAAUCUUCUACCAAGCAGCCAGCUGUAGGGGGCACAGGCUCAACUCCUCGAGCACAGAAGGCCAUUGUGAAUCACCCCAGUGCUGCCCUCAUGGCCCUAAGGAGAGGGUCAAGAAACCUUGUCUUUCGAGAUUUUACAGAUGAAAAAGAGGGACCAAUAACUAAACACAUCCGACUAACAGCUGCCUUAAUAUUAAAAAACAUUGGUAAAUAUUCAGAAUGUGGUCGCAGAUUGUUAAAGAGACAUGAAAACAACUUAUCAGUGCUAGCCAUUAGUAACAUGGAAGCUUCCUCCACCCUUGCCAAAUGCCUUUAUGAACUUAAUUUUACAGUUCAGAGUAAAGAACAAGAAAAAGACUCAGAAAUGCUGCAGUGA